CUGCUGGUACUCGGUCGCUUCGGUUGUGCUAGCGGUUCGUGCGUUGCGUUUCGUUGCGUUUCGUUUCGGGGAAUUCGCAUGUUAAGCGGAAAAAUAUCGUUGUCGGUUGGUCGGGCGCCAGUUUCGUGCGUAACGACGGCCCAACGUCAUUGGCUGCACGCGGCUUCCGGUUUCCGGUAUUGUUAGCGCCAUGGCAUAGGAUUCAAAACACGACAAGAGUGUGCCAAAAAAAAUUCAAGUGAAAUAUAAGUGAUUUUGCAAGAGUGAAAAGAAAAAUCUGUUCAGGUGACGCGUUGCCAAAAAUUGUUGGCUCCAAUUAAAAACGAGCGAGCGCAAGAAUAAAAAAAAACUUGACAAAAUGCAUUUAUGUGAAAUGCGUGCCACGCCGCAUUUAGCUAACGAAUUUAAAAUCAAAAUUAAAAAUAAAAUUCAAAAUAACAACGACGUCGACGAGAUCAAACGACGACACAAAAACCAAAACCAAACCCGAGACAGAAACAGAAACAAUCAAAAUGUCGCCGCAGCGUCGCCUUUGCUAAAAUUAGAGAGAAGCGUCGACCCAAAGAUGCGUCAGCCAGUUGGGAGGAAGACGCUGCAGUUGCCACUGCUGCAGCUGACAAUGCAACUGCAACUGCAACUGCUGCUGCAAAUGCUGCUGCUUCUGGCUGGAUUAAAUGGAUUAACACAAGUUGCCGCGCUCAAGGGUGAAAACCCACACAUCAUCGAACAUCCCAUGGAUACGACGGUGCCAAAAAAUGAUCCAUUCACGUUCAACUGCAAGGCCGAGGGCAGUCCAACACCAACGAUUCAAUGGUUCAAGGAUGGACGCGAACUGAAAACGGAUGCGGGCUCGCAUCGCAUAAUGCUGCCCGCGGGUGGUUUAUUCUUUCUGAAGGUCAUACACUCGCGCCGGGAGAGCGAUGCGGGCACCUAUUGGUGCCAGGCGAAGAACGAGUUCGGCGUAGCGCGUUCUAGGAAUGCAACAUUGCAAGUCGCAUUUUUGCGCGAUGAAUUUCGACUGGAACCGCAAAACACUCGGGUGGCCCAGGGCGAGGUGGCGCUGAUGGAAUGCGGUGCACCGCGUGGCUCACCAGAACCGCAAAUCUCCUGGCGCAAGAACGGACAAACUCUGAAUCUGAGCGGCGGCGGCGGCGGUGGCGGCAACAAGCGCAUCCGCAUCGUCGAUGGCGGCAAUCUGGCCAUACAGGAUGCCCGUCAGUCGGACGACGGACGGUAUCAGUGUGUGGUCAAGAAUGUGGUGGGCACACGGGAAUCGGCCACCGCCUUUCUCAAGGUGCACGUGCGUCCUUUUCUGAUACGCGGUCCACAGAAUCAGACGGCUGUCGUAGGCAGCUCGGUUGUAUUUCAGUGUCGCAUUGGCGGCGAUCCUCUGCCGGAUGUCCUGUGGCGACGCACCGCCUCCGGCGGCAACAUGCCUUUGCGUCGUGUGCACAUACUUGAGGACCGCAGUCUGAAGCUGGACGACGUCACGCUCGAGGACAUGGGCGAGUACAGCUGUGAGGCGGACAAUGCGGUCGGCUCAAUUACGGCCACGGGCAUACUCACUGUGCACGCACCACCCAAAUUCAUUACACGACCCAAGAACCAGCUGGUGGAGAUCGGCGAUGAGGUGCUCUUCGAGUGCCAGGCCAGCGGUCAUCCGCGUCCCACAUUGUACUGGUCCGUCGAGGGCAACAGCUCCCUGCUGCUGCCGGGCUAUCGGGAUGGCCGACUGGAGGUCACCCUUACCCCGGAGGGUCGUUCGGUGUUGUCGAUUGCGCGCUUUGCUCGCGAAGACUCCGGCAAGGUGGUCGUCUGCAAUGCCCUGAAUGCCGUCGGCAGCGUCAGCAGCCGUACUGUGGUCAAUGUGGACACACAGUUCGAGUUGCCGCCGCCCAUUAUCGAACAGGGUCCGGUGAAUCAGACGCUGCCGGUGAAGUCAAUUGUAGUGCUGCCCUGCCGUACGCUGGGCACACCGGUGCCCCAGAUAUCCUGGUAUCUGGAUGGCAUACCCAUCGAUGUGCAGGAGCACGAGCGUCGCAAUUUAUCCGAUGCCGGCACGCUGACCAUUUCGGAUUUGCAGCGACACGAGGAUGAGGGCCUGUACACAUGUGUGGCCAGCAAUCGCAAUGGCAAAUCCUCAUGGAGCGGCUAUUUGCGCCUGGACACGCCCACCAAUCCGAACAUCAAAUUCUAUCGCGCCGCGGAAUUGUCCACGUAUCCGGGCCCACCAGGCAAGCCACAGCUGGUGGAGAAGGGCGAGGACUCGGUUACGCUAAGCUGGACGCGCAGCAACAAGGUGGGCGCCUCCAGUCUGGUCGGUUACGUGGUCGAGAUGUUUGGCAAAAAUGAGACGGACGGCUGGUUAGCCGUGGGCACACGCAUACAGAAUACCACGUACACCCAGCUGGGACUGGUGCCGGGCGUGAACUACUUCUUUCUGAUACGCGCCGAGAACUCGCACGGCUUGUCCCUGCCCAGUCCCAUGUCGGAGCCCAUAGCUGUGGGCACGCGUUAUUUCAAUAGCGGCCUGGAUCUGAGCGAGGCACGCGCCAGCCUGUUGUCCGGCGAUGUUGUGGAGCUGACCAAUGCCAGCGUUGUGGACUCCACCAGUAUGAAGCUCACUUGGCAGAUCAUCAAUGGCAAAUAUGUCGAGGGCUUCUACAUCUAUGCGCGCCAGCUACCAAAUCCCAUAACAAAUAUGGUAACAGCCAAUACGAAUCCAUUGCUGGCCUCCAACUCUGCCUCCGCCUCCGCGUCCGCCUCGGCUUUGAUUUCGACAAAACCAAAUAUUGCCGCUGCCGGCAAACGUGAUGCAAUGGAUGCCCAGCAGCAGGAACAGCAGACCCAGAGCCAAAUCCAAUCCUCGUAUGCCAACAAAUAUCGCAUGCUAACCAUAUUGAACGGCGGCGGCGCCUCGUCCUGUACGCUGACAGGACUCCAGCAGUAUACGCUCUAUGAAUUUUUCAUUGUGCCAUUUUACAAAUCCGUCGAGGGCAAACCUUCAAAUUCGCGCCUGGCGCGCACCCUCGAAGAUGUUCCCAAUGAGGCGCCUUUUGGCAUGGAGGCCAUUCUGCUAAACGCCUCCGCGGUCUUUUUGAAGUGGAAGGCACCCGAACUUAAGGAGGAGCAUGGUCUUUUGCUUUACUAUCACGUUAUUGUGCGCGGCAUCGAUACGGCUCACAAUUUCUCGCGCAUAUUGACCAAUGUGACAAUUGAUGCAGCCUCGCCCACGCUCGUUUUGGCCAAUCUUACGGAGGGCGUCAUGUAUACGGUGGGCGUGGCAGCGGGCAAUAAUGCUGGCAUUGGACCCUACUGUGUGCCGGCCACACUGCGUCUGGAUCCGAUUACCAAGCGGCUAGAUCCGUUUAUCAAUCAGCGCUAUCCCAUCAAUCAGGAUCAUGUGAACGAUGUGCUGACACAGCCCUGGUUCAUAAUACUCCUGGGCGCCAUACUGGCCAUCAUGAUGUUAUCCUUUGGCGCGAUGGUCUUUGUGAAGCGCAAGCACAUGAUGAUGAAACAGUCCGCGCUGAAUACCAUGCGAGGCAAUCACACGAGCGACGUGCUCAAAAUGCCGAGUCUGUCGACGCGCAAUGGCAACGGCUACUGGCUGGAUGCCUCCACCGGCGGCAUGGUGUGGCGCACCUCGCCCAGCGGCGACACCCUCGACAUGCAGAAGGAUCACAUUGCCGACUAUGCGCCCGUUUGCGGUGCAAGUGGUGCAAGCUCUGGCGGCGCCACCGGCAGCAGCAGCAGCGGCGGCGGCAAUGGCAACGGCAACGGCAGCGGCGGCAUCGAUGAUAUUCAUGGACACGCUGGCGAACGCAAUCAUCAGCGCUACGUGGGCGAGUACUCCAAUAUACCCACCGACUACGCGGAGGUGUCCAGCUUUGGCAAGGCGCCCAGCGAGUAUGGACGCCACGGCAAUGCCUCACCCGCGCCCUAUGCCACCUCGGCCAUACUCAAUCCCGGCCAGCAGCAGCAGCUGCAGCAACAGCAGCCGCGUUAUCAGCAGCGUCCAGGCCCAGCUGGGCUGCCCGGCUCCUAUGGCAUGCAGCGACCCAUGCAUCCGCAUUACCAGCCACAGCAGCAGCUGCAGCAGCAGCAGCCACACUCCAGCGCGAACAUAUACCAGCAAAUGUCCACCACCGGCGAGAUCUAUCCCAGCAAUACGGCCGGCGCGCGCUCCGUCUAUUCGGAUCAGUAUUAUUAUCCCAAGGACAAGCACAUGCAUAUGCACAUCACGGAAAAUAAGCUCAGCAACUGCCACACCUAUGAGGCGGCGCCCAAUGGCGGCCAUCAGCAGCAGCAGCAACAGCAGCAGCAGCAGCAGCUGGCAUCGACUGGCGGCGGCAACUCGACCCAAUUUGCAAGCGUGCGGCGACAGCAGCUGCCACAUGGUUGCAGCAUUGGACGGGACAGUGCGCGCUUUAAGGUGCUCAACGCCGGCCCGGCUCAGGCUCUGGAUCAGACGCUGGCCAAGAGCCAUCAGCAGAAUCUGCUUGACUUGGAUGGCUCCUCCUUCUGUUACAAUGGCUUGGCGGACUCUGGCUGCGGCGGCUCACCCUCGCCCAUGGCCAUGCUCAUGUCGCACGAGGAUGAGCACGCGCUUUAUCACACGGCCGACGGCGAUCUGGAUGACAUGGAGCGUCUCUAUGUCAAGGUCGAUGAUCAGCAGCAACCGGUCUCGCAGCAGCAGCAACAGUUGCUGCCCUUGGUGCCGCACUCGCAGCCACAUCAGCAGCCGCUCGAGCCGCAAUCCUGGCGUGCUCAAGGCACACGCGGCGGCCGCAAGACGCACGCCGAGGAGCCGCUGGCCAAGGAGGCCAGCGAGCUGAUCUAUGCGCCCGGCAGCGUGGCCAGCGAGCGCAGUUUGCUGAGCAACUCCGGCAGCGGCAGCAGCAAUCAGCAGCCUUGCCACAAUGUCUGACCCCAGCUGGGUCAGCUGUCGGCCCAGACGCAGGCGCAGGAGCAGCUAUAUGCGCGGGAGGUGCGCGAGCUGCUCGCUUGGUGCGAGCGCUUCAACAACGGCAGCGCAGAGAACUUUGAGUAAGCGAAUAACUGGGCGCAUACAGCUUGCGCUGACUGUUGACAGUGCUUUCAAGUUGAGUUCAGGCGAGUCAGUUAACCGAAAGGCAUAGAAUCCACAGAAUUAAAUAGAGAGAAGUAUAGAAAGCCAAGUGAAAGCUUUCAGUUGAGCUUUAAAACUUGAGAUAAAGCUUACUUAAGGCUCUCAUUCGCUUGCCUUGACUUGUUUUUCAUCAAAUGUGAGUUAUAGAAAAGUAAGAACAGAGCAAGUAGCUUGAACUUUAAAAGCGUUUGGUAAGAAAAACAGUCUUCGGAGCAUAGUACUUUUUAAAAAACUGAGCAUUGAGAAAGCUUCUUAAAAAGCAUAAGAAUAUGCGCAUUUAUAUGCUCGAAAGUUCGUUUAAGCUUCAAUGAGCUUUUAAGUUUACGGCUCUGCCUUUUAGCUGUAGUGCUCAAAUUUAAGCGAUCUUAGCUGCAUUCAGUCAAUGCAAUUAAGCUUGCUUAAAGCUGUACUUCUCCCUUAAAGCUCUUUAACAAAUUGCACUUAAUACCUGUU